AGGUGGCACGGUCGCGUCGGAUCCGAGCGCGUCGGUUUGCGCUAACCUGUCACGUGACCCUCUCCGCGCUCGCAUGUGCCGUACGCUCCUUGACGUCACGUCCGGAUAUUCGAAGCUGCUUUGUAAGGAACACGCGAGUCAUGCUUCGGUGAGAACCUGCGCGAUUUUUGAAGGAAAAUGAAUUUCCUCGAGAUUUUAACUCGUUGAGUAAUAUGUUUUUAUUGGUUUGAUGCGCGGGGGGUAGAAGGGGUAUUUUUUUCGAAGCUAACUUCAGAGACGUAGAGUUUGAGUUAGCUUAACGACCCUCCGAGUGAUCGAGCGUUUGCGAGAGGAGAGCGUAACGGUAGUCUCAAUUAUUUAGUUAACUCGUUUAGGAGUUAAUAAGCGAUGGAGCGCGAUGGUUAAUUAGAAUAUAUUUUUGUAUGGAACAGUGCUUUCCUACUUGGCUUCAUACAUUUUCUAUGUAAUAAAUGCAGUUUCAAAGUUGUCGCAUUCUAAUGGAUGUAUCACUCGGAAGCUUAGAUGUUACAUGUGUAUUAGUCUCGAAUCAUCGCUUCUUACAAGAUUUUUAUUGAAAGAAUAAUACGUACGAAGUACGACCUAUUAUGUAGAAUUUAUUUCAACGUUUAGUCAACCUCCCGAACCAUCGCUUAACAUUAAUUAUACAAGGAUUGUGUAAAUGAUCGCAACGUAAUAUCUAGAUCGUUCCAUGAUCGAUAACACCCGCUGUGACGGGUUAAAUCUCCCGCUGUCCGUUCAGUUUGAUAGGUUUGGAAUCGAUUCAAAAUGGCGAAGCUGGUUGAAAAAUGAAGCAGGCGGUCUUAUCGACGGAGCAGACUAGAGGACCGUGAGACGGUCGCUGCCCAUUGGUCGAGUUCCGGUGAGUCGGCGCGGCCAAGGCAGGCGAUUGGUCGAGGUGGCCGCCAUCUUGGACCCGGGGCACCACCUAGCGGUCGGCGUCGCUAAGCUCGGUCGAAGCAAGCUUGGUUAGACCGGUCGAGUUGACGCUCGGAGUGCGCGUCGCGGCGUCGGCGACCGACGUUCCUUCCCACCGCCGUGAAGUGCCACCCGAGUACCGCCGUGUACACAGAUUUAUAUAUAAAUGGCGGCUGACGAAAAAUGGUACUUUACGAAGGAACAGCUUGCGAACACGCCGAGCAGAAAAUGCGGCAUCGACGCGGACAAGGAGCUCAGCUACCGGCAGCAGGCAGCCAAUUUCAUCCAAGACAUGGGACAACGACUCGUGGUAUCCCAGCUGUGCAUCAACACAGCGAUAGUGUACAUGCAUCGGUUCUACGUAUUCCACUCGCUGUCCCAGUUCCACAGGAAUGCAAUUGCAGCUGCUGCAUUGUUCCUCGCUGCAAAAGUCGAGGAGCAACCACGGAAGCUGGAGCAUGUCAUCAAGGUGGCGCACAUGUGCCUCCACCGAGACCAGACAACACCUGACCCCAAGUCCGAGCAAUACCUCGAACAAGCUCAAGACUUGGUAUUCAAUGAGAAUGUCUUGCUGCAAACUUUGGGGUUUGACGUAGCCAUCGAUCAUCCCCACACACACGUUGUCAGGUGUUGUCACCUGGUUAAAGCGAGCAAGGACUUAGCCCAGACUUCGUACUUCAUGGCAUCAAACAGUUUACACUUAACGACGAUGUGUCUGCAGUAUAAACCUACAGUAGUUGCUUGCUUCUGCAUUCACCUAGCCUGCAAAUGGUCCAAUUGGGAGAUACCGCAGAGCAACGAAGGGAAGCAAUGGUUCUGGUACGUCGACCGAACAGUGACUGCGGAGCAGUUGCAACAGCUCACCGCAGAAUUCCUCCACAUAUUCGACAAAUGCCCUUCGAGGCUCAAGAGGAAAAUCAUGAGUAUAUCUGCGAACCAGAGCCCUAGUAUCAGCCAUCCAAGCCUGCCAAACUCACCCUUCGACGCAGAACCGAGGAAAGUUCAAUCGCCGGCCGCUGUCACCGAUGGGGCUCUGAUGUUUCAGUCGAGCCGUCCCCACCACAUGGACAAGCAGGACGAGAAGAAGGCUUCCUCUUCGGUGCCAAGGCCUCCGGUGGACUACCGGGAGUACCGCGAGAAGAAGGAGAGGGAACGCCUCGAGAGGGAAAAAGCUGCCGGUGUGACUGCCGCGACGGUGCAGCCUCAUCCUCAGGAACCCGCGAAGCAUCACUCGCAUCACCACAAAACGGUCGUAGGGGUGGCGAACAAGCAUCCGGGUUCGACCGGCCAGAAGUCGGCACCGCAUCACAAUCAUCAUCACCGACCAGAGCUGAAGAUGGGUCAGGCGGUGACGCAGAGGCACUCCGGAGGGGGUCAGCAAAGGGAUCCUAACAGGGAUCCCAGCAGGGACCCCAACAGGGAUCCGAAUCGACCCAGGACUACCAGGGACUUCAAUUCGAGUAGCGGCACCAGCGGUGGUACCGUGUAUUCUCACUCGAGUCAUUCCGGGGUCCACCAGCCGAAAGUGGAUGUCAUGCCGGAGCCAUGUUCGAACGACUCGCUGAGCAUCAAGUCCGACUCUGGACAGAGCCAGGAACUGGUGGUCGCCCCUCAGGAGAAGCUUAGCAAUAACAACCACAGCAUGCACAGACUGAGUAAUGCCGAGUGCAAGCACCAGCCGCACGAGAAGAGGCCCUACGACCUGGCGUCGAGGCACAAGCCUCUGGAGCACAGGAAGGAGGGCGAGCAGAAACUCUACGGGAAGUACUCGGAGCCCUCGAGGAUGGAGCGGAACCCGCGCAAACCGGUGGACAGUCUCGAGCAGAGGAGCGAGGAGGUCAGGAAGCUCAUCGAGAAGCCUCUACCGCCCCCGAAACCUCGGCCAGAGGUGCAGAAAGAGGAGUACAUGGUGAACAUGCUGAAGCAGUCGCACCAUUCCAAGAUGAGCCAGUCGGAAAAGCAGACCGGGGUCGCCGGUUCGGUGCCGGGGGAGCCGAAGGUCGGUUCCGCAGGCCCCACCUCGUUCUGCAAGGAGAAGUCACCCACGGUCCUGCUGUCGAGGCUUCCCCUGCAGAAGAUCUCCACGAGCCAGCAUUCCGCCCACGGAGUCUCACAGAUCCUGAAGGACACGAUAAAGAACGGGAACCCCUCCGGGUCCUCGGCGUCGUUGAACAACGUCGACGACCCGAAAGCCGAGAAGAGGCCUCGACACGAAGACUCCGAGAGGGUCUCGCAGCAGACUUCGCAACCGACUCCUCCAAGUCGGCACAAAUCCCUCUUCUGCCCCGACAAAGGACCCUUGGUCGUAAUGAGGGAGUCCUCCCAUUCGCAGAGGUCGAAGUCUAAGCAGAAGACGCCACCUGCAGCUAAAGUUCCUAAGCAAGAGAAGCCCCAGGAGUCGGCCCUCGGUGGCCUCGGUAUGACACCUUUCGCCAGCCCUCCUCCGGGUCUUCAAGACUCGAUUAAACGAAUGACCAACGAUGUGACCCCUUCGGGUCAUAAGAGACAUCGCACCACCAGCUCCGGAGAGAGCGAGGUCGCGGUGAAGGUCAAGGUAGACGACAUCCCUUCGGGCUUCGAGCCCAUCAAGAUGUUGGGCAGGGUACCGGAGUUGAUUCAACCUAUCAGGGACAACCCUGCUACCUCCAACGGAAGGGGGUCCUCCGUGGCAAAUGACCUAAAACCCCCGGAACUGAUUAAGCCCUUCGAGCCGGAGCCCAUUACAGCUCAGAGUUGCUCCUCGAGCAUAGUGCAACACCAGCAUCCCCUGACGAAUGGAUUGGAUCAAUCCGUUAAGCAAGAGUGCCCGGACAUUCGAAUAAAGCCGGAGACUCCUGAGAUCAGGAUAAAGCCCGAGUCCCAAGAGGUGCGGAUGAAACAGGAGUCUUCCUGGCCCACGCUGGAGAGCUUCUCUACAGCUCCUGAGAUGAAAAUCGAAUUUCCUGUUAAACCCAAACUGAAGUCCGCGCAAAGUAUCAGUGCUCUCCUACAGGAACCUCUGGCCCCGAUACCCUCGCUUCUUCAAGGCAUGCAGCAGCCGCAACAGUUCAGUCAGCCUCCGCAACAACCCUCACACCAGGAGUCCCAGCAGCAGCUGCAGCAGCAGAUCCAGCAAGAGCAGAGUGUGCAAAUGCAAAUGCAAAUGCAGAUGCAAAUGCAAAUGCAGACGCAGACGCAGAUGCACAUACAGCCUCCACCUUCUUCUAGAGAGCCUACUGUAGCUUCUACGGUGGACAUCAGCGUCUUGUCGGCACCACUCCAAGGAGCAACCGACGCGAUGACUGCUUCGGUAACUACCUCUUCCACGACCGGUGGACCUUCCGCCGAGGAGAAGAAGGCCGACUCGCACCACAAGAGCGAGAAGAAGAAGGAGAAGAAGAAGCACAAGCACAAGGAGAAGGACAAGGAGAAGAACAAGGAGAAGCACAAGCACAAGCAUAAAGACAAGGACAAGGAGAAACACAGAGAGAGGGAGAAGGAGAAGGACAAGGAGAAGGAGAAGGAGGAAGGCGCGCCGGCAGUGCCUAUCAAAAUCACCAUACCAAAGGACAAGUUGAACCUGGCGCCGGAGCCGCUGGCGACGAGUCUGGCGGGCCACGGGGACAAGACCAGUAAAUCGCCCGGGAACCAGAACACCGGCUUGAAGAUCAAGAUACCGAAGGAGAGGUUAAAGGGCACGGACGGGUCGCCGGCGCAGCCGGUCAUGCAGGCACCGCUCAAGAUCAAGAUCCGCACGGACGUCAUCUCGCGGGGCGGUGCGGCGACCGGGGGCACGGGGCUCGAGUUCUCGACGUCGGACAGUAGGAAACGAGAGAGGGAGAGCAGCAGCCCGACGAUGGCCGGGCCGCCGAAUAAAAAGCGGGAGCAGAGCAGCACCGUCGGCCAGCUGCAGCAGCAACUGGCGCAGCAGCAGCAGCAGCAACCGCAGCAGCAGCAACGGCCAGGGGAAAGGCAAAACGGUCGGCAUUAUAGUUCGAACAGCAAUAACAAGGAGAAGCACACGUCGAGCCAUCACAAGAGUUCGAACAAGCUGCCGCAGUCACAUGCAACGUAGUACACAACAGCCAGGACGUAAAUGGAUUUUAGGAGAAUUAUAUCGAGAAUCGCCACUGGUCGAGAACGGUCUCCACUCGGUGACUCCGCCCCGUCCUCGAUCCGGAUGACGCGGAUGACACGUUGACGCGACUCGCCGCGUGGCGGCGCGUCGAUCGCGUCAGUCGCGUCGGUGGUCAACCACAGACGCCGGUAGGUGGCGCCUUACGUUAGCCAAAGUUUAACGUAAACGCGGCCGUAUGUGCAGGUCUUGAAAAUCCAAUAAUAGGCAGCGAGCAGUUUUUCUAAGGCGACUUUCAUGAAACUUCAGCCCAUCGGAAUCGCCAGAGCAAAGUCUGUGAAACAGGCAGAAAUGUAUCAUCGCUCCAUUUCUCUCCCACCCCUGUACUGAAGAUUUUUCGAGGUUUGGCAAAAUCUUCCAGCAUCGCAGCCCCUCGUGGUGGCAGCUUUAGGAAAGAAUUGUAAUUACAGCGAUCGGUUUUCAUUGCUGUUCCUGUUUCCUAAAAUUGUCACCAGGGCGCUGCGACGUGGUAAAUUUCUCUCGAGCGUGAUUCUGAAUGAUCUGAGUAUAAGUGCAAGAGGGACUGAGGGUGACGGUAGUUUUCCUGGAAAUUGAUCGCCUGCACUUUAAAAGUUUCCAGACCUGCACAUACGACCGUGAACGUAACUCUCUUACUUCGCGGCGUAACGCUUUCGAAAUAGAGAAAUAAUAUUCUUACUCAGGUCAAGCUAGAUGCGGUUAGGUCGUAAGGUCGAGAUACGGAAAUCCCCUCCGUCCUCGCUGCGCUGUAUCGACGCCAUGUUGGUUUUCGAUUAUCAGUUUCUUCGAUUCCCUUCUACACUCAACUCGUCCGAUGCCGCCUUCUUUUUCCGUAUUUUCUGUACCCGUUACACAGUUUCAUUAGAAUCUGUGAUCAUCGCGAUCAUUUUAUCUCGAUCCAUGAAGUGCGCCAUAGAAACUGGGUGCGAUUCGCGCCCACGGCCUACUCUCUUCUCAUCCUGGUUUCUUUCGUAUUUCUGCCAUAGACGUAGGAUGUAUAGACUUCGCAGACCAAUUUCACCAUGAAAACUAGAGAAGUAAAAGAGAAAAAGGAAAACAAAGAGGCUGUUAUUCUAACUCCUUUUCUCUCUUUUUAAGAGAAACCACUGAGUUGAAGGUGCCCAACCUUGCCUGAGUCGCGCACAUAAUAUGUAAUAUUAACGAUUGCAGUAAGUGAGGAAUUUUUAUUUCUUUUAUUUUUACAAAGUCAUUCAAAUAUGUGUACGGAAGGCGAAGUCAACCUUGCAUUGCGCUCUCUUGUAUACAGUUUCGUUGUCUCCUAUGCAAUCCACCCUCGAGCACGCGCAAUUGAGUCAUGAAGUAUAUUACUAAAAGUUACGUAAUAAUGUUAAAAAUGUAAGGUCUUUCAAGGCCGCGUUAUUGGCUCUUGAGGGCCGCGGAUUAGACAAUCUUUCUAAGAAUAUCAAGGGAAUUAUUGGAUUUGUAAAUUCGAAACAUCCUACGCCUAUGAUCUCUCUGAAUUGUCUAUUCGUUCGACGGCCGGCAUAUUUUCCAUAAAGGGGAAGCGAACUCCUCUCCAUAACUUGUGUUACUCAACCGCUUGCUUAUAUCGGAACAACGAAGUACACUUUACGAGAAGAAGAAAAGAAAAGAAAAAGGAUCCGUUCUCUUUUAAAGUUUCUCCAUUUCGAGCCUCGAAUGUGACUCCACGUGCAUUAUUACGUUAGAUAUUUCCGCCAGUUCGGCGGGACUUCUUCAUCUAUUUCAAAUUCGCAAUGUGUAUAAUUGUUUUAGGGUCGUAUUGUACAUAUACAUAGAACACUUCGAUUCGUUUAAGGGGAGAAAAAAAGAAAUAAUAAGUGGAGGAAGCAAGACGUUCUCGCCGGAGUGUCUCUUUCGUACAAUGGUUUGGCGAAACUUUCGGAGAAGGAUGCUCGAAAACGUGCGAGAAGCGGUUGGAUAUUAUUCGCGUCGAGUUUUGCUUCGAGAUGUAGCACACGUCGGUGACGGCGUCGAGAGGUUACCGACUCGGUUGGUAACCGCGCCGGUCUGCAAUACCGACGCACCCCUCACGGAAGCGAGCUUGGUCCACCUCUCUCCCUCCCGAGAGAGAGAUAUUUAUUCGCGAAGCUUUCGUCGUGUACAUAGCCCCGUUCCCCCGUUCCCGUUUCAUAUUAAUAAGUAAUUAACCGGAUUAUACUAUCGCCAGUUAGUAUAAAGGACUGUCGAUCGAAAUGAUUAAUAUUAUCAGACUGUAAAUAAAAUUAUUUUGUAUGCCAAAAUAUACCAAAUCGAUGAUAGCGCGACAGUGACGGUCAGGAGCGCUUGCGAAUCGAAACCGGAGGGUCGCUCGCGACGUCUGUAUUCUCUUAACGUCUCAUCGUAUUUUGUUUCUUCUUUUCCAUUUUACCUUCAAUUAUUGCUGGACCAUUCCGGCAGUGAAUACGGUCGCGACGUCCUAUCGAUUGCUCUUAAUUGCCGUUUGAAUGUCGCGGGGAAAUAACCGCGGCGAGCGACCUCUGGUCUUCGCACGUGCGACUAGAACGACUGGCGGGAAAGUUGAACGUUCAGUAUGCCCCGCAAUUAUUGAAGAAUUUAUUCGUUUACGUUCGUUGGCCGCUGAGUUUUACACUGUAAUAAGUCUUACGUCCUUUUAAGACCGUCUCGCAACCUGAAAUGAAAUAAUACUCUUAACAUAUUUUAAUAACAAUCGAAGAUAUAUUUUGUUUCAAUAGGAUUUCGAUCGGUGAGAAAAGUUGCCGUGUGCUAUCUGCGUUUCUUUGAUUAUACGCGGAAUUACUCGGCCACGCGACACCAACUCGAAGCUCGAUUAGAUAGUGAGAUUUAAUUCUAUUUACUUAGAAACAGAACUUGAAUCGUCAUGUAAAUUCGUACACGUUUACCGUUUGAGUCUUAACUCCUGUGCGCAAACUUUGAAAGUCGGCAUGAAAGCGAUAUUUUCAUUGAGACUGAGGUGUAAUUAGGAAAACAUGAUAGAAUCAAAGUUGCUGCAUGGUAAUACAAUAUUUUUGUAUUAAAUAGAUUUCUUUCCUGUAAGUCCAGAUUAUUUGCCGCUAAUUAACGAGGCUAUUUGUCGUGAUGUUACACGUGGAAUUGCUGACUCUUGACAGUGAAAGUAACAUCGUUGGCAAAUCUCACUUUAAGUUGAUUGUGUUUCUUCCUGCCAAAUUUAAUCAGUCACGCGAUAACUGGAAUUUUGACGAGAUAAUCAGGUAAUAAGUCUUUGUCGUUCGUUAGCGUUGGUUUAAUCAUGUACGGCGUGGCAAAGAUUCUACGAAUGUAGAUUCGCAGGGCCAACUGAGCCUCAACUUUUCCACCUGGCAAGCUUAAAAGCCGAAAAUAAUCCUCGAGAACGGUGGCCGGCCACGUAAUACGCGCCACCGCCGUUCGGAGGAGGGAAAAAAUGAAAAGGGACGCUGAGUCGACGAUGUACAUAAUUAAUGUUAAGGAUAAUCAAGAAACGAAGCUCCGACAUAAUUGUAUUCGACCUUUGCGAAUCGUGCAUUUAUAUUUCGCCUACGCGACCUCUAAUCGACGGUUGUAGAUGCGAGGCGGCCCGGCCCGCCGGCGAUUGGUUGCUCCAGGAGAAAGGCGGCCCGCCAUUGGUCGGUCCAACGGAAACAGCCAAUGGCCCGCAUGGGCGGUGUUCCCAACAGCGAAACCGCACGGCAGCGCGGGCCGUUCAAAAAGUCCUUAGCGGUAGGAAAGUACUGACUGUUAACGGGUUCGUUCCCUCUUCCAAUUGGUCGAUCGGCGAGUACGCGUUCUAUUCUCGGUAAGCACGCGCCCUCGCAAGGAAGGCCCUUUGAUAAGGACAGUUCUGACUAACCCUCGGCCAUUAAAAGGGGAGCUGUUAUUUGUGAACUAACAUUAUUCACAUCACCUGCACUGAGAGAAAAGUAUUGUUAACGGCGUUCUCGUGUUCUUUGCAAAUAGGGAUGGUUUUUGGUAUAAAUUCCUUCGAUUCCGUUGGAGCAAAGAGCCUGAAUAAAAAAGUGCAAAAGUUCCA